GACUACGAGGCGCUGAUGGCCGAGAAAGUCCUCUUGGUCUAUGACGAAAGCAAGGGUCAGGCGAUGUUCGUGUCGCACCAGUGGGCGGGGAUUGGACAUCCGGAUCCCUCUAUGAAGCAGUUCCGUGUAUUGCAGGACGCUUUGAAAGGCUUCUUGUACGGAAGAGCAGACGUUCCCGCAAGCCUCAGCGUAGAGCUGUACCUUGGUGAUGGCAACAAGAUCACAGGGGCGGAGAUCGCAUCGAAGCCUCUGUUCAUUUGGUAUGACUAUUUCUGUUGCCCACAAGCUGCCGAUCAGACGGAGCAUCGCAGGAAAGCCAUCAUCAGCAUUCCGUCCUACAUCGAGACUUGCCGCUACUUUGCCAUUCUGUGCCCACAUGUGCGCCACGAGGAGCAUGACAUGCUGUUGAACAAGCACACUUGGGCUGAACGAGGUUGGUGUCGCUUGGAGCAGGUUUGCAAGGAGUUCAGCAUGCAGGAGGCCACCUGCGACGCGAUUGACAUCCAGAGCAGCAUCUUUCAGACGCGAGCUCCGAGCUACAACUGGGUCAAGCAGCCCGUGGGUGAGGGCUUCUUCACCGUCGAUGCAGACCGCCGGAGGAUCGCUCCGGUCUUGCGGGACAUGGUGAGUACGAAGAUGCGGUCGUAUCUUCUGAAAGCGAAGUUCCACGACUAUCGUCUCAUGCUGAACCUCCAAGCGGUGCACUUCCGAGGCUUACCUCUGAAUCCCAUUGACGACCUGAUUCCAUGUUUUCAGUCAGAUGAGCAGGAUCCUGCAGCUUUCAUCCUCGCCCAGUUCAUGCAUCAGAAUGGCUUCGUGAGCUACACGGAGCAUACUUCGGAGGGCUGGGCGCCCAUCUCCUACGCUGCUCUCUCAGGGAACCCACUGCUCAUUUCGGCUUUGCUGCAGCAGAAGGCGGAUCCCAAUGAGUGCACGACGAUGCCGGAAUCCACUUGCCAGUUUGCUGCCAAGACUCCAUGCUUGGCGAUCUGUGCCUUCUUGAAGCACAAUCAUGCGCUCCGAGUGCUCUUGGCCUCCAAUGCAGACUUGAAUGCCAAGGACGGGUAUGGUGCAACGGCUCUGCACUGGGCUGCUGCAGGAAACAAUGCUGAAGGAAUUCAGAUCCUUCGCAAGGCAGGCUGUGACCGCGCCAUCCAGGUCCCCAACAUGCUGGGCUACUCUCCGUUCGCCAUGGCUUGUGCCGGAGGUGGACUGGAAGCCAUCAAGGAGCUCAUGUCUGCGGUGUCGCAGAAGGAGCUCACUUGCGGAUUGCACGCAGCGCUCCUCCAGGGCGGCGGCUCGGCGGCGGUUGUUGCCGAGCUGAUCCAGGCGGGAGCUGAUAUUAACGGCGAGCUCUCCGUCCCCCUCCUCAGCCCCUUCGGGCUGAUUUUCGCGUGUCUGAGCAUCCGUCACUUCUUCAGCCAGACGCAUCUCAGCGCGUACGCCUACCAUCACCACCGAGCGAGUCCUCUGAUGUGCAGCCUCCUGAGCUCGUCCUUUGAUGCGGCUGCCGUUCUCCUCGCUGCUGGAGCGCGCUGCGACCUCACGAACUCGCGAGGUUACACCGCGCUCGAUCUCGCCAAAGAGACGUCAGCACCAGAGUUCAUCACCGCCGCGCUUUCCGGACAACCGACCACUUGUGAGGCAUACGUCAAGGAGCAUUUGCACAAGGCCCCUGUAGAAGCCCUCGCCGAGACGCGCGUCGCUGCGCGCAACUGUGGGUACGGCACGGACGAUUCGACGAGAACUACAAAGAUGACCAUGGUGGUUGCGAUGAUGAUGGUGACGUCGAUGGUGAUUGUUGCGACGAUCUUCAUCACUGCUCUUUUUCUUCGCCUGAUUAUCCUACUUGUUCCUGCUUCUACGAUGAUUGCCAUAUUGGUCAUAGUGGAUGGUGAGACGCAGGACGCCCCACCCUCACUCUGGCCCGCCGACGAGGGCGAGUCUUCCUCUGUGUGGCGCCACCAGAAGGUGCAAGAAUUGGUGGUGAAAUUCUGGGACUUGUUCAAGAAAGAGGAGGACUCAACGAUACUGAAGGAAGCCUAUGAUGCUCUGGUGCUCCGCUUCCUGCGGAUCUACCUGCCUGGAUUGUCCCAGGAGACGGAGGCCACCCUCUGCGCCAAUAGCUGGCAGGAGGCUGCGAUGGGCAGCGAUCGGCUGGACCUGGCAAAGUUUUUCCAGGGCCUGGUUCGUAUUGCUCAGUCAUGGUGCGAUUCCAACGCUGCAGAUGACUACGUGGGCUUUCUGGAGGACCUGCUGAGCCGGUCCACCUGCUUUCGAGUCUCCGAUCCGCUCACCGGCGAGGUGAACAUGGAGCAGCCGCUCUUGCGAGUGGCUUUCCGACCUGUAGAGCGUGGGGACGACAUGAUGUCAGGAGGCACCUGCGGGUUCUGCGAGUCGAUGGACCUCGUCUGCUCAGGUGCAGCGGAUGCUGCAGAGGUCGAGGUGAAGUUCGACCAGGGCCAGCUUGGCAUCAACUUUCACACCGCCUACUUCGAGGAAUCCGCAGCAGCGGUGCCCUCCUUCGAUGGCGCCGUGCAGCGC